AUGUACUCUAAACAGAAGGAGACAAUUGAUGUUUCUAAUUAAUUAGAAUAGAUUGUUCCUCUAAAUAUUAGAAUGAUGAAAUAAAUUAAAGUUUCACCUAAUGAAAAAUAGGCUGUAUUAAAUAAAUUAAAUAUUACUUACGUUAAUGUAAUAUCUCGUAAAUAAAGAUGUAUUCAAUAAUAAAAAAAAGGAACAAUUAUUAUUAAUGAUGAUACAGGUAAUAUUAGUCUUAGCAUGAAUUUAAUAUAAGAAUUUGAUCAAAAUUUAUUUAAUAGGAUCAAUUCAGACUUACCCAAUCUAAAUUACUACAACUUUAUUUUAAAAGCUAGAGUAAUGAAAAAUGAAGUUUUCUUUGACAUAUAGACUAUAUAACAAGUAAAUUAAUCAGCUAUGAUAAUAUAUUAAAUGAUAAAGAUAAUAGCAUUGGCAAGAUUUUAAGAAGGAUAAAAGUAGUAAAUACAUGCAAGAGAAGAAAAUGAAGAAGAUUAAUAGUUUCUCAUUGAAGUUACUAAUUUGAAUGAAGAUGUAAGAAAUAAUAAUCUAAUUUAGAUUUUAACAUAUUUGGGUUAAAAUUAAAUAUAAGGAAAAAGUUUAAAUGAAAUAAUAGAUUAUUUUAAAGCUUUGAAUAAUAUUGAACCAUAGGAAAUUAAGUAAUUAUUAUUUAUAUAAAUAAGAAAAUCAAUUUCACUCUUAUUAAAGGAUGGUAAAAUAAAAAAUGAAUGUGAAAUAUUCCAUCGAGUCAUUCACUAAUGA